AUGGAUGAAGUCUUUACCGCUUUUUCUACUGGUAUUUUUAAUGAGAAUGCUCGAAUUCUAAUGCUUUCUGGUGAUAAUUACGCUGAAUGGAAGGAGAAAGUCCUUCUCACUUUAGGGUGCUCGGAUCUGGACCUGGCACUCCGUAUGGAAACACCACCUAUUCCCACAAAAUCAAGUACGCCAGAGGCUAAGGCUAAUUAUGAGCGGUGGGAGCGAUCUAAUCGCUUAAGUUUAAUACUCAUAAAAUCUCAUAUAAGCCAAAGCAUUAGGGGUUCAAUCCCUAAUAACGAUGAGGUCAAAUCUUACAUGAAGACAACUGAUGAACAAAUCGUAAGUUCUAAUAAGGCAUUGGCCAGCACCCUUAUGAUGAGCCUCUCAAGUAUGACUUUUGACAGAAGUCGUACAGUGCGUGAGCACAUUAUGAAGAUGAGAGACAUUGCUUCUAAACUCAAGCCCCUUAAGGUUGAUAAGUCCAAACCAUUUCUUGUGAAUUUUAUUCUCAACUCACUUUUUGCUGAAUAUGGUCCGUUCAAGAUUUCAUACAACACACAUAAGAAUAAAUGGUCAAUCAAUAAACUUUUGACCAUGUAUGUUCAAGAAGAAGAGAGGUUGAAAAAUGAGAUACCUGAAAGUGUUAAUAUGGUGACUCAUGGUAAUAUAAAUGCAAAGAAGGGCAAAAGUGUUCCCAUGAAGAAGAAAAGCACCUUUGACUAA